AUGAUUUGGAAAAUCUGCAGGUUGAGAGUAAGUGCUGGAUGUGGGGAGGUGAAGUUCACAGAGUGUGUAUUAGGUUCGUAGAAAUUGUAAGUAAAAACUUAACCAUUAUAAAACAGCCUAGUAAAUAAACUCAAAAAUUGCUAGCCUACUGGGGGUGGCAUAAGAGGAAGGUGAACUCUUUCUCUCCUCUAGCAGCCUACUGUGUUUGCUGGGCACAGAGAAGGGACAAAGUGCUCUUCUGCCAACCUACCCACUUGCCUGCAUGCGAUUCUGCACACUCCUCUGCAUGAAAUUCCUUCUCACCUACGGCUGCCAGGCAAGACUGUUAUAAAAUUGAAAUCUCUGCCACUAAGGUUUUCCUGAUAUUUGUCUUCUUUAAGGGUCUAAGUAUAUUAUGUGGAAUUAGAAGCCAAGGGGGUGUCGAACCCUUUCCCUAUGUACCUCUUCGCUGCUUCAAAUACACUUCAUGAAGCCUUUAAAAAUGUGGAAGUACCAAGCAUUUUUCUUCUCCCAUUAGGCUUCCAAAAAACGGAUUUCUCUGAAUCAAGACAAAAUGAAUGGAUCAUCACUGCUGCUGCGAUUUCCACUCUGUUUUCUUCAGAGAAGGUUUCCUAAUAGUCUUGACAGUUUCUGCUGGAGGUCCAGCCCUGGAUCUGCUUUUUCAUGUGUCCAGCAGCUGAAUUCAUUACAACGGUGUUGUUCAAGGAGGAUGAUAUCUUCAAAGGGCUUGAACACUGGCCUCUGUUAUCCAGCAGUGUUGGAACAUCAGACACGAGAGCUCUCUGACCAGGAACAGAGACUUCUAGACAAAUUGUACAAUGGAUUAAUUCAAGGACACAGGGCCUGUCUGGCAGAAGCCAUUACUCUCGUAGAAUCCACACACAGCAGGAAGAAGGAGAUUGCACAGGUGCUCCUUCAGAAGGUACUAUCCUACCACAGAGAACAAGAACAGUUAAAUAAAGGAAAGCCACUAGCCUUUAGAGUGGGUCAGUUCUCUUCUGUUUGUGCAGUUAUUGCUGUUUUGAUGAUUUAAUGUGUCUUCACUUGUCAGUUGUUAAAGAAAUACAGUUUAAUUAAUUCUAAAAUUAAAAGGAAUUCUAACCUAUUAGCUUAUGAUUGGUUGUGAUAUGUCACACUAACUAUGCAUUGCUGAAUGCCUCUGUUAUACAGCUUGUCCCCUAUGGAAUAUGUUUAGUUCAGUGAAUGUCAUCCCCAAAGUCCCAUUACUUUUAACGUGCCACUAAAAUUGCUCCCUAUGAACUGUCUCAUUUUCUUAUGAAUAUUCUGCCAGCACAGUGCAUCAGCUGUUGUUUUUAAUUGGAGCAAAAUAAUUUACUUAACCGGUAAGAAACAUGCUUGUAUAUGACAUUCCUUUCUUGUAGGUUAGGAAAAAUAGUCAACAAACCAGAAGGUGGGCUGCUAUGGGAAGAGUUAAGUGAUUCCUUCUAGAGAUGGAAGUUACCAUGUGGAAUGUGAAUUUUCUUUAAAAAGUGAACCAUGACAUGUAUGUUGUCCAAUAACAAAAUUAUGAAAAAAAAUAUAGCUUUGGAGGGAAGAGUUUUGGUCAAGAAUUAAGAGUGAAGCAGAUAUUAUUGGUAUCCAUUUGGUACAUUAUCUGGGUAUAGGAAGGUUUCUUUUCAGGAUUUUUAUUUUAUAUGUUGGGACAUUCUUAUACUACCUUUCACAUCAGUCUCAACGUGGUGUACAACAUUUUUAAAAGCCAAGUACAAUAAUAAAAGCAUAAUGUAAUACAAUACAAGCUACAUGCAACUGAAGUUGGAAAUGAAUAAAUUAAAUUCCAUACUGGAAUAAGAUGUCCAUAGAGGCCUCAGGAGUUGCCAGUCUCUCAACAAUAAUGGUGCCUGCCUAAGUUUGAGGGAAGGAGGUGCCACCACAGUGAAGACUCCUCCCUUGCUCAUUGCCUAUUGAAGGAACAACUAAUCCAGAAUGUGGCAGCUAGACUGCUGACUGGGAGCAGUCUCCUGAAAGACUUACAUUGGCUCCCAGUAUGUUUCCAAGCACAAUUCAAAGUGUUGGUGCUGACCUUUAAAGCCCUAAACGGCCUCGGUCCAGUAUACCUGAAGGUGCGUCUCCACCCCUAACAUUCUGCCCGGACACUGAGGUCCAGCUCAGAGGGCCUUUUGGCGGUUCCCUCACUGUGAGAAGUGAGGUUACAGGGAACCAGGCAGAGGGCCUUCUUGGUGGUAGUGCCCGCCCUGUGAAGUGCCCUCCCAUCAGAUGUCAAGGAAAUAAACAACUAUCUCACUUUUAGAAGACUUCAGAAGGUAGGCCUGUUUAGGGAAGUUUUUAAUAUUUGAUGUUUCAUUCUGUUUUUAUCUGUUGGGAGCUGCCCAGAGUGGCUGGGGAAACCUAGCCAGAUGGGCAGGGUAUAAAUAAUAAAUUAUUAUUAUUAUUAGGCAAUUUUCAUAGUAAGGAGACAGACUUGCACUCAGAGUUGUGAUUGCACGUUAGAACAAAGGAUCUUUAUAUUCCUACUUAGGAUUGUCUGGACCUCCUGGUGCUGGGAAAUCAACAUUUAUUGAAUGCUUUGGGAAAAUGCUCACUGAAAGAGGACACAAAGUGUCUGUCUUGGCAGUGGACCCAUCCUCUAGCACCAGUGGUGGUGAGUAUGUGUGAAUGCAUUACUUAUCACUCAUGCUUCUUUCCUUGCCAGUUGUAGGGACAUAGAUUGGGCAGCAAGCCUGUGUAGCCUUACCUGGGUGAAAGCGCUAUGGAAAAUGGUGGGGCUUUACACCUGAGUGGGUUGUUUUGCUCUGUCAGUUACUGGCUGUUCUUUAAUUAUGUGACUUGCCUCAUCUUGAAAGCUCAGCGACAGUCGUAACGAAGUUGGAAAGCAGACAUAAGAUUAAUUGACAGUAUUAUGGAUGCUGGCUUUUAUUCUAAAGACCAUGAACGGAAGGAAGUUAACAGAAGAAAACUUUCCAAUCCCUCCCCCCUGCAGCUUCCUGCUCUCCUGCAAAAGAAGGGCUGGAGGGGGGCGCUUUGUGGACAGUCUGCAAUGUGGUACAAGGGCCCCUGGGAGGGGGGGAAUCACCCAAAACUGGGUGGAGGAACUUAGCACACAAUAGUUCUCUUUGAAGGACUGUUCUCUGCAGCCUAGUUCUCAUCAAAGAAUAAGUCUGCAUUAAUGGAGACAUAGGUAAAGGUUUUGAAUGGCUAGACUGUUAUGAAACUCUUCCCCCCUUUUCUUUCUUUUGUUCAAUGCUUCAGGCUCACUCUUGGGUGAUAAGACGAGAAUGACCGAGUUGUCGAGAGAUAUGAAUGCUUACAUCAGGCCCUCUCCAACCAGAGGAACGCUAGGAGGCGUAACGCGGACCACAAAUGAAGCCAUUCUGCUGUGUGAAGGAGGAGGCUAUGACAUAGUUCUUGUAGAAACAGUAGGUCAGUGAAAUGUCAUUCCAUUCUAUGCAGCCUGCAGCAUGGCUUCUUCCAUGGUGACACAGCUCGGUAGUUCUGCUUUGCAUUGUGGCCUGCUGAGCCAAGAAGAGAGAGACAACCCAAGUUGUAGGUGCAGCGGAAUCAGUGCUACUUUGUGAUAAAAUGGGUGGCGAACUGAAUCUGGUCAGUGGGUCAUAUCCUCAUCUUCACACAUUGCAGGCCAAUUUUGACAACUGGGUGGUAUCGCAAUGUCAUCAGGUGAUCAUUUCAAGCACCAGCUGAUAAUCAGCUGAUAGUUGGCACUUGAGAAAAGCUGCGCAAAGGGCUUUUCAGGUAUCACUGAUUAGCAGUCCCUGCAAACCCCCUUUUAUCCAAUCCCACUUUUACCUGCCUCACACCUGACGUCGUGUAUUGUGUCAGGUGUAGGGCAGGUCGGUGUGGCUUGGCUGAAACUGCCUUAGAGGGCAAAUGGGGAGGCCUGGCAGGCCUAAUUAGGUAUGUGGGUCAGAGGUUCCUCACCCCUUUGAUAAAAUAUUGCUAGGAAAACUGCAGCCAUGGUGCUCCAUCAAUACAGUGCAGUGCAAUUGAGCCUGUAUGUACAACUCUUCAGGAAGAAUAUCCCCCAGGGGACGAUAAUUACUCGGCCUAGGCAAGAAGGGAUUUAAUACAGCCCAGCUCCAUAAUGUGGAUUGACUUAUUCCCAUUCCUUAAUUUGCUUGAACUUUUAGGAUGUGCAUGCAAACAUUUGUUUUACUGCUACUCUCAUAACCCUCAGUUGUUGAAGUCUCUCAGGUUCCCUCCUUCCAUCCUCUGGUAGUGUCGUACCCUGGUAUUGUUAUUAUUAUUUGUCAUUGUAUCUCCAAAGUGACUGGUCAAUUUCUGCUCUUGAUCCUCAGGUGUGGGUCAGUCGGAGUUUGCUGUUGCUGAUAUGGUUGAUAUGUUUGUAUUGCUACUGCCACCAGCAGGAGGUGACGAGCUGCAGGUAAUAAUGCUACAUUUGGCAGAAGUCUGAACUUCAUAUAGACCAUAACUGUAGGAGGUCUUCCUGAGUCAUCCUGAGCUACCAGAACUGACCAAUGAAACAUUUUUUAAUUUUGACAUUGCCGGUUUUUGCUAACAAUCCUUAUGUCUCCUAAAAAGCUGUUAUAAUACGAGUGGGCAAUAGUUCAUUAUUUUUAUUACAGUGGUACCUCGGGUUACAGACGCUUCAGGUUACAGACGCUUCAGGUUACAAACUCUGCUAACCCAAAAGUAGUACCUCGGGUUAAGAACUUUGCUUCAGGAUGAGAACAGAAAUCGCACGGUGGCGGCGCGGCAGCAGCAGGAGGCCUCAUUAGCUAAAGUGGUACCUCAGGUUAAGAACAGUUUCAGGUUAAGAACUGACCUCCAGAACGAAUUAAGUUCUUAACCUGAGGUUCCACUGUAAUGCUUUUGUGUAUGCUUAGGAGACAGAGUGCUUUCCAAUUUUAUUUUGCUUGUCCUCUGAACAAACCUGCAAAGACAUGAAACUCUUGAUCUCAUUUUAUAGGAGUGCAACUCGGGCUAAGAGCUAUUUCUGUCUGGCAAGGUUGAAAUCCUAUAAUGGCUUUAAAAUGAUAACUCUACUUCUGCUUUUGGAAACCUUUGCUAGCAUGCAUUAGAAUUAAUUCUUUUACCAUCAGAUGUUUAUAUACACCUGGAUGUGUGAAUGUUUCAUAUUAGACAUGUGAACUUAGUGGCCUAAACAAUCAGGGAAUCCUUUUAAAAGCUUGAGAAGGCUCUUUCUGCCCCUCUUCAUUUAUCUAGUCCUCAGGGUGUUACUGGAAAUGGCAAUUAAAAGUCUAGUUGUUCUGUUUUAAAAAUGAUCUUUGGGUAUUUGAGGGAGAUAUUAAUUGGUUAUAGACAGUGUCUCUGAGAUUUCUGUUACUUUCUUGUUCUGUUCAGGGUAUCAAGCGAGGUAUAAUUGAGAUGGCUGAUCUUGUUGCUGUAACCAAAGCUGACGGAGAUCUAGUUGUACCGGCACGGAGAAUUCAAGCAGAAUACGUCAGUGCUCUGAAAUUACUCCGUAAGCGCUCAAAGGUUUGGAGCCCAAAGGUUGGUACAUCCAAAAUAAUCCUUUCCUCUUCUUUUCAGCCAGGAAAAAAUAUGAGACACAGGUGAGGAAAGAUAAUGCUAUAGAAAUUACUACACUAGGCACAGUACUAGCUUAAACUGCCUGGUUCUUCAAGUACCAAAGUUUUCUUCCACAUUUGGUACUGCAACAAAGGCACCUAUGUAAGCUUAGCAGUCAUGCAGUAAGAGGUUCUUCUGUUCAUCAGGAACUGGCUAAGUAAGGAGAAGCAGAGGGCAGGAACAGAGGACAAUUCUCACAAUGAAGGGAUGUAGAAAGUUGAGCCCUCCAAGGUUCAGUUUUGGGAGAUGUGCUUUUUGAAAGGUUACUUCAAAAGGCAAAGGGAUAAUGUCUUUGAAGGUUACUUGGAAACUACAACUAAUCCAGAAUGUGGCAGCUAGACUGGUGACUGGGAGCAGCCGCCGGGACCAUAUAACACCGGUCCUAAAAGAUCUCCAUUGGCUCUUAGUACGUUUCCAAGCACAAUUCAGAGUGUUGGUGCUGACCUUUAAAGCCCUGUUUUGGAUCCAAAUGUAGCUCAUAACUUUCUUGGUGUUGGACCAUACAAAGCUACUCUAUCGGUUAACUAGCUUGUCUACAUUGGCCUGCUGAAGAUUAGUGCUUUAGCAUAAAAACUUACUUAGACGUACAGCAUUCAGUUUUGGAUUUUCAGGUUUUUUGUUUAAAGGCAGCUCUUGCCUGUUGCAGUUUGAAUCUGGUUUUAUAGAAUAUAAGUUACUGAGGACUAAUGUUUAGGUCAAUGCUAAUAGCCUUAAUUUGUCCUGCAUCUUGAAAAAAACCUUCUCAAUCUGAUAGGUAAUACGAAUCUCUGCCAAAACUGGAGAAGGCAUCUCUGACAUAUGGGAUAAGAUGACAGAAUUCCGAGACCUCAUGCUUACAAGCAGCGAGUUGAUGACCAAGCGAAGGAGACAGCAAAAAGUGUGGAUGUGGAAUGUAAUCCAAGAAAGCAUGCUGGAUCAUUUCCGGAGUCACUUGGCAGUGAGAGAUCAGAUUCCACUUCUGGAAGAAAAGGUUGUCAGUGGAAUUCUCUCUCCAGGGCUGGCUGCAGACCUAUUGCUCAAAGCUUUUAAAGAAAGAUCUUAA